AUGUCUCUACAGUAUUAUAGAAAUCAGCUUGAACUUGUCACCUUAGACGAUGGGACGCUGCAGCAAGUGCUUCACAAGCUGCAAGGGGCCGUAAAGCGGGCCACCGGUAUUCUCAAGGAAAAAGUCCCUGGAUCCCUUCCCGAGAAUACAAUUGCGCCUGGCACUAUAUACAAUGGGAUUCUUGGAAGUAGUUGGAGUUCAACUUUGCCAAUCGGAGUUGCUCUUAUGUUUCUCCGCCUUGAGCAACAAGCGAGUUAUGUUGAGGACGGCGAUGAAAUUCUGCAUCUGGCAUCUGAAUUCCACGAGCUGGCCUGUUCAAGAAUUAGCUAUAGUGUUCCAGAGGACAUUCCCUUGAGGCCUGGCCGAUUAUCACCGCUUGGAUCAGCAUCUCUUGGUGCUUCCGUGCUCCGAAUCUUUGCUGGUUUGGCUCGACCUACUAGGCAAAAGGUGCCUUCCCGUGACGUUAGCACUCUCCAACGUGCUACUGAGUUCGCGAUCAAGCAGGGAACGAAUGUAGGUGGUGAUGAACCAUUAUACGGACGUGCUGGCCUAUUGCUGGCGCUUUUGCAGAUUCGACAACAAUGCAAGGACGAUGGAAACACUGCCGCUUUCACCGCCGCUUUCACAAUGAUCCCAAGGCUUGCAACUGUUAUCAUAGAGACAGGGAAGGUGGGUGCUAGUGAUUACAAUGAUUUAUACGGAGGGCAGGAUACCCUAUCUCUUAUGUGGCCAUGGCAUGGUAAAUACUAUCUCGGAGCAAUCCAUGGGAUAGCUGGUAUUUUAUCCAUCCUUCUCGCCUGCAAGCCUGAUGAACUUAACGAUGGCACCAUUAACCACCUACCUAUUAUUGCUGAAACUAUAAGUGGGCUCUGCAAGCUUACUAUCGAAAACGCUGGCAAUCUCCCAUCCUCGGUUCCCAUCCGUUCAUCUUCCCGUCAUGAUCCUUAUGUACAAAUCUGCCAUGGCUCCCCAGGUCUCCUAAUCCUGCUGGCCCAAGCGGAGAACAACACCCACCUAAUGCAGUCAUUUUGGGAACCAGACUGGGAUAAAGCAAUCCGGCUUGGAAGUGAGCAAGUGUGGGAACGCGGCUUUGAGUACGGGAAGGAACGCAUCGCAUUAGCGAGGCGCUCGUUCAAAGAGAGAACCGGCUCAGUCGCUUCUGUAGAGGAGCAACUCACACCAGAUUAUUUCCUGUCUAGGGCGUUGACGUUAUUACUCUACGCACGAAAAACGCCACCUUUCCAUCGCCGUGAAUUCCGUGACGAAUGUGAAUUUCGCAUGACGGAUACUCCUUAUAGCAUUUUUGAAGGACUAGCGGGUACCUGCGCUGCAUGGGGUGAAGCUUGUGUAGUAAUUAAAGACCGGUUGCGGCAAAAAGAAUUGGAUGACGGAGGGAGUUGUAGUCUGUCUGAAAUUGGGGGAAGAGAUGGACUACUUUCUAAGCACUUACAACAUGAGUUGGGUUUUCCUGGGCUUACACUAGGAGGGUUAUGUUGA